AACUCGCGCUCAUAAUUUCCAACUAUUUCACCGAUUUGUUUGUUUUGAUGUUAACGAUUGCAAUAAAUUGUUUUGUUAUUUUCGUGCCGACAUUCGGUUAUGAUUAGAUUUGUGCACACCAAAGUGCUGAAUUCUCGUGAAUCUUAUGCUGUCGUCUCGACACGAAUGGAAGACCGACAAUGCUUUCGCAAAGCCAACAAACCAUUCUCAACCAAACGCUCAUGUCAAUCGAUUUCGAACUACGUUCCGACAAACAGACCAUCCGUGACAAAGCCCUCGGCAAAAUCCAACACAUUCUCGUUCAUCGCACCGACGACCUCACCGAACUACUGUCAAAUUCCGGCUCGAAUGCGGACAUCACUUGGUCACGGCUGUUCGACACCGCACACGAAAGUAUUGUCGAUGCAGCCGGUCUAUUGGCUGCGACCCAGGAUCAACGGAAACUGUCGACGCUCAAGGGUAAGGUCGGCGAUAAGAUCAACAUCGUGCAGAGAAUUGUCGCGCUGAGCUGUCAGGAUCGGGUGAUUCGAAUCGGUCCGAAGUCAGUGCUGCAGAAGGCGUUUCAAUGCUUUCGUCAUCGGACUAUGGUGGAGUAUUUCGGCGACUGCUACUUGCAGAUCGUCACGAAACAUGUGCUGAACGCCAAGAUGGACUUAAGUGAAAUCAAACCGGAUGAAUGGAGAGAACUCCUGUCCCGAUGUUUUCAAAUCUACGACCACGAAUUCUUCACCCAAAAGCUGAUUCUAUUGCAAUGCAUCAGCGCCACCAUCGACAUUGGGCUGUCCUAUGGACCGUUGGUUCUCGAACUGCCCCAAUACAUACCGAAACUUCGCCAAAUAGCCAACGAUGAACACAAAUCCAAUGCAGCCAAUGAGGUGUACGGGAUUGUGUACAGUUUCUGCAAGAACUUGGCUGCUGAUUACCGUUUUGCCAUUUGUGACCUCACCGAAAACGUCCUGUCGUCCAUCAUCAAAAGCUACACAAAAGUCGCCGACGACACAAAGGUUUUGAUCGCCAAACUACUGCACAUCAGCCUGACCGUUCACAAUCCGGAGGUGAAUGGAAAGACAUUCGAAUAUGCGGCCGGCAAAGCUUCGUGGAAUCUGCACAUUCGCAACAUGUUUCAUCUCGUGCAGAACGAGAUUUUGCGACUGAGAAACAAUCGCUCGGCGAAUGCUGUGAUCUGUGAACAUUUCGUGCUGUUCGCAGCGAAACUGUGCUCGGUGGCAUUUUGGGACUCGUCUGUAUGGGAGACAUCCUCUUCGGAACAGCCGAGCAAACGUCGAAAACAGAACGAAAAGCUGCAGGGAAUUAUGGACCUCGUAGAAAUACGACCAAAGGUAUUCUGCUGGCGCUGGCUGACCAUAUUGGCUCAAUUGUUGACCGAUCACCCGUGCCACUUGACCGACGAGGACUUUCAACCACUACUGCAGCAACUGUUCGACUUCCAAUCAACCAUCGAGUUUCCUGUUCAAACUCAAACUCUUCGACACAUUGCUGAAGUUCUACUCGCAAGAGAAUCGGAUCUCAGCACAUCACCGCUGAUCAACCGGGAAUUCUGUGACGGAAUUUGGUACAAAAUCGCACAAAAUGCGUCACGUUCAUCGGUAACGAAUCGGCCGAACUUGAUCGAAAACACAAAGCUGUUGCGUACGCUGAUCACCUACAAGCAACUGCCCGUUCCAUUCAUUCAGUCGACCUACGAAACCUACUUGACGUCGUCCGUUCCACGCUCCAACCAAAGUAUUCUGCUGCUGAUCGCAAUCUUUCGAAACGCCGGCAUCGAUUCAUUGGAUCGGUCGGAGCAGUUGCGUCACGAUACACUCAACUGGUUGCACACCACGUCCAUGGCAAUUGAAUUGAAAAACAUCAGCAGUUCGGAUGUGAUUGACGAGCGACUGAAGGCGGAACUCAGCGUUUUGUGCCUGUUCACCAAAGUUGAUUCGUCCAAAAUGCAACGAACUGAAUCCGACACUCCGUCGGAACACAAAUCCCAUGUUGAUGACAUCGAGACCAAGAUCCUGUACCGAUGUCUAAAGAAAAUGAUUUUCACCGAAUCGACCGACGAACCGAAACCACACGACCCGGAACGGUUGCCGCAACCGAAUCAGAUACGGUCCAUCGUGAACGAGAGUCACUUGAGGAAAUUCGAAUCAAUGCUGGCCGACAUUCAAAUCACUGACAAUCCCUUCGACGAUGUCAUCAAUGUCGUGUCGUCGCUCCGUCUGUUCGUGCUGAUAUUGAACGAAUUGAUCGCCUACAAAGCCCUGGACCAGAAGUCACUGGACGCGUCUUUUUUCACAAAGAAAAUCCAAUUCAAAGUCGAACAAUUGGAUCUGUGCAUGAUACGACUGGCGACCGGUCGCUACGAAAGCAAAGAGAAAAUGGAAAUCAUCGAGAAAUUGCUGGAGAUCCUGAAUGACACCGUGCAUCCAUUGCUGGCACAGAUGAUAAAGGCUCAUUCGCUGAACUCGAUUGUCAGCUGGCUGGGUCAUAUCGUCAACGAACAAGAGGAGAGAAAUUCACGGUGUCUCAUGUUGAAGGGCUACAGUCAGUUGACAUUCGAACAGAAGAUCCGGUACCGCGCAUUUUCCCUGCUGUGCUAUUUGAGCGAUGGCACUAGUGGACGUGAGGCUUUCGAGGUCAUCAAUGAACACGAAUUCAAUUUGCUGUCGAACGGUGACUUGUGCAUUGUACUGCAUUUGAUUGAGUCCAUGGCCCAUCGCCCGAAACAACUGACCCAAGCCGAAUGGUUGUCCCGGCAUCUGAAGCAACUGUGCAUGCUACACCACAAAUCGAGUCCAAUCAGCGAACGAAUAAUCGACAGCCUUCCCAUCAUCGUCGAGUGCAUCAAUCCAUUCGACAACAUGACCGACGAGAUGAUCUCGAUCGUUCGCGAUUUUCUGAUCAAAAUCAAAAAGAAUCGGUACAGUCCGCGCAUCGGGGUGAAAAUGUUACGGCACCUGAAACGCAUAGCUCGAAGCUAUGCUCACCGCUUCGGUUCCGAUGAGUUUGAGAAUUUGUUCGCACAGAUGAAAGACUUCUUGAAGUAUCCUUUGUACGACAUGCAAUUUGCCGCCGUCGGUUCGUUGAUUCGUAUCUUCGAUAAGCAUUGGAUCGGUGAUGCGGCAUCGUCGGUAGACUUGAAGUUGUUCCAGAGGAAACUUUUCGAUUUUCUGUUCGCUGAAGAGGAUGGAACUGUGGAAGACCUGGACGAACGAGAUCGUCACAUCUGUGUACGGGGUCAACUGAUUGCCGGACUCAUAAGCAGCAGCUAUGUGUUGCGCAAGGAGAGUUGGUUUUUGCUGAUCGAACUCGCGUUCAAGCAUCAAUUGACUGCAGAAUCCAUUCGUCCCAUUGUGUCAACCUUGUGUCAGCACCAUAAAAUGGAUCAUGAUAUGCUGGUCAACGAGAAUAUUUCGUAUCUCGUCGGCGAAUGGUUGAUCCGACACCAUCGACUGGUAGAGUUUCCGUGGCACUUCACGACAUUGAAAUCGCAAAAUGAUUUCUUCCGAGCGAAUGUGAAUGCAACGACCAUCUGUGUGCUACGACAUCAACCGAAUGCACUUGGCGAUUUUGCUACUGCAAUGGGCAGGGACAAGGAUUCGUUGGUGGAGGCGGUGCUUCCAGAUUGCUUGGCCUAUCUCACUCCCAUACUAGCUGGCUGUGACGACAUAUCCGACAGGUACAAGGAAAAUGGAACGGAAAUGCAUCGGAUACUUGGAGAAUCCUUCGGUGACUUGACUGACAUUCUACGCAAACAGUUUCUCACCGUCACCGAGAAUCUGCUCUCGAACCUGUGGGACCCCAACAAAUUCACCGAAUUUUUCCACUUGGAAAUCGAUUAUGCGCCCGAGAGCCACAACAUCGACAUGAAUGUCUUCACAAAAUCGUUGGAGUACCUGCAGCACAUCUCCGAUUCGUCCAACAAAAACGUGCACCUCAUUAUCGACUUCUGUGCGAAUCGACCGUUGCAAAUCUACAAUUUUCUGCUGUUCAAACGACUGCAGCUUCAGAACACGAACUAUGUGGACGAGCAGCUCAUACACCUGUUUCAGUACUGCGUUGUCGUUGACAAAGUGGCCGCAUUUUUCGUCAGCGAUGCAGCUCGGCCACAGUCCAAAAAGACCAUUUUGAUCCACAAGAAGGCUAGUCUGCUGCGGGACAUCAUUUACUUCAUUGGCAACCUGUUGAUCGGAGAUGUGGCGGUUAAAUUGAAAUUGGCUGCCUGUCGAUACCUCCGGAUGUUUGCCAGUCAAAUAUUGCCUUCGUGCGCUCAGAUUUUCAUAAAAUUCCUAAAUUACUCCGUAUCCAGUCUGAUACCAUUGGUGCAGCACAACGACCGGUUGCUGAGCGAAUCGGCAUUGGAAUGCAUCAGAUUUCUGGUGAUGGAACAGACGGAUGCGCUGGCCAGUGAAAUUGCACUGUUGGACAAUUUCCCGGAUGGUGAUGAAUUCAGCCAGCUGAGACGAGUCCAUUCGGACAUCAAAUAUGCGGGACGAUCGUUUUCGUUGACCGACGAAAUUGAUUAUUUCCUGAAGGUGGAUCACCGCAAGAUCGAAGGACUGGCCGCACUCAAGGAACAGUUGUCCUCCAAGAAGAACGAACUGAUUGGCAUGUACAAUCAACUGCAGCAUGUCCACGGAUUUGCCGAGGAUUGUGAAAAAAGUCUAAUUCACCGGCUGGUCUUCACACUGCUACAAUUCGUCCAAGGAUCGGACGAGGCGAAAGCAGUCGAAGCGGCAAAAUGUUUGGGAGAACUGGGACCAUCCGAUCUGUCGUCGAUCGUUCUAAAACCGGAUCAUCAACGGCACACGUACCAGUUUGCUGCCACUUUCGACAAAGCCACCGAAGACCUGUGCACGGCCGCAUUCACCGAACUGAAUCGUUUGAUGUUGCAUCGGGACGCUAAGGUGCUGAAGGCCGCAUCGACAUCGUUGAUUUUCCUGCUGAAAUCGGAGAUCGGUAAACAUUUGCUGGACGACUUUCCGUAUCUGCAUCUGUUCCAAGUGCCAUCGACACAGAAGCGAAAAGUCUACAACGUACCAGGAACGGGACUGGAUUUGGAAACGAUUAUGUUGGACGAAGCAGACUCGAGUCAUUCGGUUUGGUUGAAGCGAUUGACCAAAGUUUUGUUCGAUCUGUUGGGUGACAAACACCUGCAAGAAGUGGCUGCGUUGCAGAGUUCCUUUGCGGAGACGAUGCUGCCACUGCUCAUAAAAAUGGUUCUCGUAACCGAACACGAUGAGAACAAAAUUUCUCUGCAAACAGCUGUGUUAACAUUUUUCCAGAAGCACCACGAGACUCUGAAGGAACCGCACAGCCCGAAAGACAAGGCGAUUUACCUCAACAAAGCGGUCAUCAAGUCCAUGAUAACCGUUGCCGAAUGCAUUCGUAUCAACAAUCUGAACACGAUGAAUAAGAUCACGCUGGAGUACAUGCACAUUGCCCGGGCCGCACAAUAUUGCGAGGCCUACUUCACAUCGAUCAUGUACGCCGAACUGUGGGCAUUACAGAUUGAAGCCUCGUCGCCGUACACUCUUGCACAGAUCAAAUCGGACGGGAGUUUACAAGAAAUCAUGAAAACGGCCUACAUUUCGAUUGGUGACAUGGAUGCGGUUUCCUCGUUUUUGGAUCUAAUCGGGUCGCCUCAAACGUACCUUCAACUGACGAACGCUUACGAUCAGAUCUCACUGGAAAUGGACGUGAAAUUGGUGAACUCACCGGACACUGUUCACGAAUUCGCCGAUCAUUUGGCCCAGUCGGGACUGUGUGCCCUGGCCAAUUCGUUGUCGCAAAAAUUCAAUCGGAAAUUUGAGUGUGCCUGGCGAUUGGGCGAUUGGAAUGUGUUGGCUGGUACAACGGAAUCGAACGACUUCCAGCAAGAGUUCGAGCGGCACCAUUAUUUCGCCCUGAAAUGCCUGCAAACGACUAAAGACGAGAAGGGUGUCAAAGAUGCGUUGAAGACGGCUCGGUCGGCGAUCAUAUCGGCAUUGAAACAUUUGUCUUUGGAGUGCACCAACAACAUUUACCAUCAUCUGGAACGGUUGACCUUGUUGCAACAGAUUGACGACUUCUGUCAGGUACAAUUCGAGAAACCGGACGCGACCGUUCCGAACAUUUUCAUCAAAUGGAAGCAUCAGGAUGGAAUCCAGUUCACCGACUUCAAGUACAGGGAACCCAUACUGGCACAACGCAUCAGCAUUGUGAAAUCGGCUGGCGUUCGAGCCGGCCGUAAAUUGAACAGUUUGUUCGGCGAACAGCAGGACGUUGUUCAGACCAUGCUGUUGAAUUUGGCCAGCGAAUGUCGAGUGGAGGGCAACCGAAACCUUGCGAUCAGAUAUUUGGCCCAGUUAAGAUCCGUGUGUACGAGUGACGUGUCGACGGCCAAGAUGCUGCUGGAAGACGCUCAACUGUACUGGAGCAUCGGCAAGCACUUACUGUCCGAGAGGAUUCUGAGUAGUCUGCUGAAGGGUGGCGACAUUGAGUCUCACUUCACCCAUGUGAUCAGUCGACGUUUGCUGGGUGAAUAUAAGGCGGAGAGCUAUUCGGACAGUGUGGAAACGUUGAUCGAGAAGAAUUUCCAGUAUUCGUUGGACAUGCUAAGCAAGCUGAAGGAGAACCGUUCGGCCUGCGUUGACAAAGGCUACAGCGGUGAAUUUAUCGACAAAUUUAUCGGCGACAAUCAGGUGAAAGCCUACGAAGCGAUGGCCAAGUACUCGGAUCGGGAGUACAAUCAGAUCUGCGUGCACAUGAAGUCGAACGAAUUCGGCACGAAGAAGCAAACGCUGGCCAAGAAUAUGGAAACGUUGGCGGAGAACGGACAGAUCAAGGCGAGCAUGUCCAGCGACACGAAACGUGCGCUCACCAUCAUGAAUGCCAAUGUGAACAUCGACAAGAAGGAAGUGCAAACCAUCGAAACGGAGAAGUCGAAAUUUCUCCUGCUGGCGAUCACGAAUUACGUGAAAAUCUGCUAUCUAAUCGACGACUUCGACGACCGGACGGUGUUUCGCAUCAUUUCGCUUUGGUUUGCCAAUCGAACCAAUGCAAAGGUUACGGCACUUCUGCGCUCGGAAUUGCCGAAAAUCGCCACAUACAAAUUCGUACCGGCACUGCCACAAAUAUCGGCACGAAUAGCCAACGGAGACGAGAUUUUUCAUCGUUUGAUUGGUGACGUCAUGGUGCGAUGCGCCACUGACCAUCCGCAGCAGACACUUUACCAAUUGUUGGCACUGAGCAAUGCUUACGCUGACGAUCCAGCUACUCAUAAAGCAACCAAAGAACCACGGGUGCUGGGCGCUGCCAAAAUUCUGGACAAAUUGAAGAAAGACACGAAACUGAGGGAAGUCGUGGCACAAAUGGAACGAAUGUGUUCAACGCUCAUCACUUUGGCAAACGUUAAGAUGGUCGGCGACAGAGGGAAGGAACACAUUUCGUCCCGAGAUCUCACUGCAUUCCAUGCACUGUCCCAACUGAAUCUGGUGCACUGUCCAACCCUGACUCUACCGGUAUCGAAGGACGGACAAUACGGCGAUUUGAUCACCGUUCACAGUUGGGCCAAGAAACACGAACUCUGCGGUGGCAUAAAUGCUCCGGUCAAAAUCGCUUGUAUUUGUUCGAACGGACGAACGUACGAUCAACUGCUGAAGGGAAAGGAUGAUUUGAGACAAGAUGCGGUGAUGCAACAGGUGUUCACCAUCAUGAACAAUAUGCUGCGAUCGAACAAAGAGACGCGCAAACGUAAACUGCACAUCCGAACGUACAAAAUCGUGCCGCUUUCUCAGCGAUCUGGCAUACUGGAAUGGUGUGCGAACACCAUCACCAUGAACGAUUAUCUGACGUCCAGCAAUCCACGAAAAUUGGGCGCACAUCAGAGAUAUUUCCCGAACGACUUGGUACCGCAGAAGUGUCGAUCGAUCAUAUCGACCUACCGAACGCAGAAGAAAAGCAUCGGCGAAAAAUCGUCCGAAUUCAAACGGAUCUGCGAGCAGUUCCAUCCGGUGUUUCACAAUUACUUUUUCGAAAAAUUCCCCCGACCCGGCAUGUGGUUCGAACGUCGAUUGGCCUACACCAACAGCGUUGCCAUCACAUCGAUGAUCGGCUACAUUCUGGGCAUCGGUGAUCGACACAUCAGCAACAUUCUGAUCGAUCAAACGACCGCCGAAUUGAUUCACAUCGACUUCGGCAUAGCAUUCGAACAAUCCCGUGUCCUGCCGACACCCGAAAAAGUUCCGUUCCGAUUGACCCGGGACAUCGUUGCCGGAUUCGGUGUAAGCGGCGUUGAUGGAGUGUUCCGGAAAUCGUGCGAGAAAACCAUGGACGUUCUUCGGCACAACAAAUCGACAAUUGUUACGAUACUUGAAGUGCUGCUGUACGAUCCGCUGCAUAUGUGGACAUUGACCCGCAAAGAGGCGUCAAAACGACAGGAUGAGGUUCAUGCUUGGGCGUCGGAAGAAGAGGCCACUGGUGAUAAGAAAAACGCGAUGGCAGAGAGAGCCCUAUUGAGAUUACGGGCCAAAUUGAAUGGACAGGAAGAAGGUUUGUUGACUCAGCAGUUGACCACUGAGGGUCAGGUGGACAUGUUGAUAAAACAAGCGAUGAAUCCGUUAAACUGGUGCCAGAUGUUCGAAGGAUGGCAGGCAUAUGUUUAAGCUCUGUGUUAAGUUUGUUGAUUCUCUCUAAUAAAAUUUAGUUUACGGAAGUCA